GGCAGUCGUUUCCUGUCGCUGCUUGGUAACAAUGGGGAAGAUAAUGGCUGCCUGAGCAACGUCUCCGAGCAGGCGCUGGGCUAGAGGCGGGUCUCAACCAGCGACUCAUCGGAGGCGGGCUUGAGAGCAGCGGCAGGGGAGGCGCGCAGGAGCCUCGGCGGCGGCGGCGGCGGCCGAACCGAUAGAGUCGGACCCGACACUAAAACCGAAGCAGAGAGUGAAGAAAACUAAAAUCCAGUUUAUUGUAUUACAAUACUAUGUCAUAACAGUCAGAUAAUUUUCCACUUGUUCAUCAAGAUGGAAAGCUCAGAUUCUAACGAUAAAGGCAGUGGUGAUCAGUCUGCAGCACAGCGCAGGAGUCAGAUGGACCGAUUGGAUCGGGAAGAAGCUUUCUAUCAAUUUGUAAAUAACCUGAGUGAAGAAGAUUAUAGACUUAUGAGGGAUAACAAUUUGCUAGGCACCCCAGGUGAAAGUACUGAGGAAGAAUUGCUGAGAAGACUACAGCAAAUUAAAGAGGGCCCACCACCACAAAAUUCAGAUGAAAACAGAGGUGGAGACUCUUCAGAUGAUGUGUCUAAUGGUGACUCUAUAAUAGACUGGCUUAACUCUGUCAGACAAACUGGAAAUACAACAAGAAGUGGGCAAAGAGGAAACCAAUCUUGGAGAGCAGUGAGCCGGACUAAUCCAAACAGUGGUGAUUUCAGAUUCAGUUUAGAGAUCAAUGUUAACCGUAAUAAUGGGAGCCAAAAUCCAGAGAAUGAAAAUGAGCCAUCUGCAAGGCGUUCUGGUGGAGAAAAUACAGACCACAACAGCCAAAGGCAAGUGGAAAAUCCACGAUCUGAAUCAACAUCUGCAAGGCCAUCCAGAUCAGAACGAAAUUCAACUGAAGCAUUAACGGGAGAAGUCGCACCUACCAGAGGUCAGAGAAGGGCAAGAAGCAGGAGCCCAGACCAUCGGAGAACCCGAGCGAGAGCUGAAAGAAGUAGGUCACCUCUGCAUCCAAUGAGUGAAAUUCCACGAAGAUCUCAUCAUAGUAUCUCAUCUCAGACUUUUGAGCAUCCUUUGGUAAAUGAGACCGAGGGAAGUUCUAGAACCCGGCACCACGUGACAUUGAGACAGCAAAUAAGUGGACCUGAUCUGCUAAGUAGAGGUCUUUUUGCAGCUUCUGGAACGAGAAAUGCCUCACAAGGAGCAGGUUCUUCAGACACAACCAGCAGUGGUGAAUCUACAGGAUCAGGACAGAGACCUCCAACCAUAGUCCUUGAUCUUCAAGUAAGAAGAGUUCGUCCUGGAGAAUACCGGCAGAGAGAUAGCAUAGCUAGUAGAACUCGCUCAAGGUCUCAGACGCCAAACAAUACUGUCACUUAUGAAAGUGAACGAGGAGGUUUUAGGCGUACGUUUUCACGUUCCGAACGGGCAGGUGUGAGAACCUAUGUCAGUACCAUCAGAAUUCCGAUUCGUAGAAUCUUAAAUACUGGUUUAAGUGAGACUACAUCUGUUGCGAUUCAGACCAUGUUGAGGCAGAUAAUGACAGGUUUUGGUGAGUUAAGCUACUUUAUGUACAGUGAUAGCGAUUCUGAGCCUAGUGGCUCAGUCUCAAGCCGAAAUGUGGAAAGGGCAGAGUCACGGAAUGGAAGAGGGGGUUCUGGUGGUAGUAGCAGUUCUGGUUCCAGUUCGAGUUCCAGUUCGAGUUCCAGUUCGAGCUCCAGUUCUAGUUCCAGCUCCAGUCCUAGUUCCAGUUCCAGUGGUGAAAGUUCAGAGACUAGCUCAGAGGUGUUUGAAGGCAGUAAUGAAGGAAGCUCAUCAUCAGGCUCAUCAGGUGCCAGGCGAGAGGGUCGACACAGGGCCCCAGUAACAUUUGAUGAAAGUGGCUCUUUGCCCUUCCUUAGUCUGGCUCAGUUUUUCCUCUUAAAUGAGGAUGAUGAUGACCAACCUAGAGGACUCACCAAAGAACAGAUUGACAACUUGGCAAUGAGAAGUUUUGGUGAAAACGAUGCAUUAAAAACCUGUAGUGUUUGCAUUACAGAAUAUACAGAAGGCAACAAACUUCGUAAGCUACCUUGUUCCCAUGAGUACCAUGUCCACUGCAUCGAUCGCUGGUUAUCUGAGAAUUCUACUUGUCCUAUUUGUCGCAGAGCAGUCUUAGCUUCUGGUAACAGAGAAAGCGUUGUGUAAUUAAGUUCUGAACUCUCAGCUAUGUAGCUGGUAUAGUGAUGGGCAAACAGGAAUCACUUGCUUUAUGCCCACUUUUUGAGUGGUGCUUAAAUGUAAAGUAGCAACCUGAAUUGAGUCAUUGCUUUCUGAGUGAAUCAUUGUCCUUUUUCCAAUUUCUGUUCCAGAAUAAAAGGAAAUAUUUAAAAAGCAAUGUUUUAGGACAUAAAAAUCUUAUUUCAGUACCAGUAAUUGGUAUCACUGAUGAUUUGUCAUAUACACUUAUCAGUUUCGCCUUUGUUAUCUUAAGAGAUCUGCCUUAGCAAUGGCUCUUUAUCCGUUUCACGUUGAUCUUUAACGUUUCCCACGCCAUAGGAGAGAGGGUCAAAGGAAAUUCCCAGUUUAGACUAAGUUACAGUACAUGUUUCCUAAGUGAUUGCUUAAAGCUAUACCAUUCCCAGUUAUUAGUUGGCACAAAUUCAGCUACAUGCUGAAUAUCAUUUGUUCACCUUUCAGAUGAGGUGAUAUUGGACGUCAGUGUAAAUAACACUAAGGUUAGGAUCUUCUAAGUGUAUAACUGUCUCCUAAGCCCAUCACUGUGGCACACUGUAGAGUGAGCUUAUAGUUUAAUUGAGAUAUUUAUCUUGUGGAAAUAUUAAAAAAAAAAAGCCUAUGCUUGUGUAAGUGAAAAAAUCACAUUCAUUUGUUUAAAAAUGUAAAGCUAUUUUGUAGAGGCUCAGUACUUUUCCAAUGCACUGUUGUAUUAAUGCAUUAAAAAUUGUAAAGUACCAUGCUUAGAAAUGAAAAAAAAACUGCUUUUUGUGAGCCAACGUAGUAAAAAAAAAAAAAAACACACCAAACAAAGUACAAAGCUGCUUUUGUAAGUGUGUAGAUGUCAAGAGCAGAACAUAUCUAGUAUUUAAUGUAUGUGAACAGCUACUGUGACAUGCAAAGGAAAGGACAGAGUGCAGAAUUGAACUACAUUGAAGAUACCAGUGGAAACUUGGUAUUUUAACUUGUAUUUAGGCAGGAAAUGAAAGACGGGAGGAGUAAAGAAAACUGCUCUGAAGAAUUUAAAAUUUUUAUGAAGACAGUAAUCGUACAGACGUGAACUGGUUUCAUAUGGUGAGGUCCUUGACACAGUAUUCUGCUUGAGCUGAUGAAGUAGAUUAAAAGAUUUGGUAGAGUUUUGGUUAAAAACAAACAAAAACAAACCACUACCACCUAGCUUAAGUUACACGGAUGUUUUCACAAGUCUGCUCCUCAGAAAAGGAAAAAAAGAAGGUGGAGGAAAGACUAUAAACCACUUUUAGCAUAAGAAUUGAAGUUGGUACAGAUGUGUGUACUAAUAGGAAGGUCUCAAAUUUGCAUUGUGUUCGAGAUUUGUCGUUUAAGGUACCAGUGCACACUUGUUAAUAUUUCCUUACUAUCUAACACAGACCUGACCUCUCACAUUUAAAGGCCAAUUGAGGAAUUAAGGGAUGUUUAUCCUUUGUUGAAAGUGAAUCUUGUUGGGUCUUUUGAGAUUAGAAUUUUAAUUGUGCUGCCCAUGUGUGAAGAUGAGGCUGCUGACUCACAGUCUAUGGGACGUGCAUUUUUUGGUGUUUACUUAGUAAUGAGAUUAGGUUUGUGAAGAACCCCAGUACUCUUGCUGAAUUUCUCUUCUGAGGCCAGUUGGGGUUAGGAUUAGUCUGACUGUGGAGGACUUGUUUGCUUAUCUGGGAGAAGCUAGCGGGCCCAGAGAGGAAUUGAACACAUCCUUGGUUUUUAAAGUGAAAACUACCCGUGCAUAGUCAGAUACUCUACAAAAUAAACAGGUCUGCUUCAGGAAUUAUCUGGCUACCUUAACUGUUACCAGCUUAGCUGUAAAGGUUAUUUCAAAGCUCAUUCUUUCCUAUUUUCCUCUGGCUUUCACUCCUACCUAAGUAUCAAGGAAAUUAACUUGUAAAUAUGGUAGUUGUUUACUAAGGAUAUGUACUGCUCUUGCAAGGAAAUAAUGUCCAAACAAAGCUUCACUUAUUUUUUUUAAUAUAAGCAGAUUUCACUGUUUAUGGCGCUUAUGUAAUACAUUUUAUCUUUUUAAAAAAUUGUCCAUGUAAAAGUCAGGAUUCCUUUAUAUUUGUGAGCCUCCUUGUCUCCUUUCCUAAGGUUGUAAUCUGCGAUUUUCAGAUCUGCGGGGUAGUCCUGAUUGGCUAAAAACCAAUUUUCCGCUUGGUAUAAAACGUCCCAUUGUAAGGGUGUUCAUUUUAAAUAGUUUAAAAACAACUGCAGCACAUUCUAAGCAUAAAAGGAAGUUAUGGACAACAGGUACCUCCCUAACCUCCCAAGAUGUAGUACUCAUUUGUGAAGUAUUAAAGUAAGAGGUAACUCAUGCAGAAUGCUGGUUAUGAAUGUAGAUAUUGAAGCUAUUCAUAAACACUGGAAAUAGAAUUUUAAGUUUUUAGCCUUCAGUAGGAUGCACAUAUUGGACAUGUGCAUGUGGACACCUUUUUCAAUAGCACUCAUUGAUUUCCAUUGGAUUGUGUAGAAUGGUUACAAAUAUUUUAGUGGAAUUUGCUACUUAAUUUUUUUUUUGCAAGGUCCAUGACUAUACUUAUUAGUGUUGUGGACAUUGAAGACAAGGUCAUUCGUAGGUGUCAGAUGUACAAUGGAGAGCAAGAGUCUUUUUUCCCACCAGCAUCCAAAACACCUAUUCUCUUGAGGGAGCAUUUUCUUGCAAAAGACUUUACAUUUCAUUUUGUAUCUUUGCACUUUUUCUUUAUUACAGAAAGGUUCUGUCUUGAAGGCCUAGUUUGAACUUCAUGCAGUUAUAGGAACAAGAAAAAACAAUGUUGGGAAAUUACAUUGUUCAAAGCAUAGGGAAAAAUACUAAAAACUGAGUUUCCUUGAGUAUUUCAGAUAUUUUUAAAAAUUCACUUACUGGUAUGAAGCAUUUGAGGUGUUAUGUUGUUUAACUCCAAGCAGCUGACAAGGUUGAGAUUUAUUAAUACUAAAAAUAAAAUUGAGCAAGUUAGGUUUCAAGUGUGCAGACUUUAUCCAUAACAACACUAGAAGAUGAGCCAUGUUGUUAAUUCGGAAUAUUUGCUCUAAAAAAGAACACGUUAGUUAUACCUCAGUGGUGUUAAUGGUUAAUGGAGGUGGUGAUUGAAAGAAGUGUUCACAUUAGUGUUGGGAGUGUAGGAAAUUAUCAUUUGUACAGUUAACAAAAUUUAGUACCAGGAUUUUAUAUGUGUGGUGUGUGUGUGUCUGUGUGUGUGCAUGCACACACACAGACACACACAUAAUCUCUAAAAACAUGAUCGUUGACUUUAUCCAAACUUUAAGAUUAGGAAACUGCUUAGCUAUAAGUGUUACCUCAAGUAAUUUUUUUCCCCCUUGGGAAAACAUGUCUUUUCUGUGCCAAGUGUUCUCUCCUAGUGUCAGUGUCUCAGAUUGUAUUUAUGAAGGGUUUUCACUUAAUAUGCUUUUUUUUUUAUUUAACCACCUGCUUCCCAAAUGUCCACGACUUGAAAUGGGUCAAGCGUCAGUCAUGACUUUCAGUCAGUUCCUAAAAUACCCAUGUGAUAGGGAGGUGAAUGCCUCUUAAAAGGCCAUUUUUACAGCUUGCUAGAAUACAGUGGCACCUUGUGGUGGUUGUUGAUACUUUUCUUUGAAAAAUGGAGGAUAGUCCCCUCCACCCCCUUUUAUUCUCCUUUGUUCUUUCGUGAACACAAAAUAUUGGUGAUCUGCCUUGAGUUUUUAAGUUUUACCUUACUGGCUUCCCUAUCAAAUGUAUUAACAAUAUUAAGUACAUAGAAGCCACGUUUGCAGGGCACUUUUAUUCUUAAAAGACUGUGCUGAUUGCUACUUUCUAAAGUAUUCUGUACAUUAGUGAUGCAAGAGAUUGAUAAGGCACAUAUGAAAGUGUCAGGCAUUUUUUUCCCUUAAGUAUAGUAUAAUUUUUCAGUAUGUUUAAUAUUCAGUAACAGUGUUGUAAUUCAUGGAGUUAACUAGUAAAUUAUAUGCUUUUGCAAAACAUUUGAAAAUGUAAAUCAACAAAAAUAAUAUGCCUCAUUUGGAAAGUUAAAAGUGCAAGGUCCGAGGAACAAGUAUUUCACUUUUUUUGAAAUUGGAUUUUUAGUAAGCAACUAAGAAACAGCUAUGAGUUAAGUACUCGCCCUUUAAAAGUUUUAACAUUUCGAAAUUUAGUUCUUAACUGGAACAUUUCUAAAAUACUAUAAUAUUCCCAAAAGGUGAGUGAUCUCACUUGAUUUAAUAACUCCACUUUGUAUUUAAACUACAACACAUAAUAGAGCUGUUAUUGAAGUGUUGGAACUCUCAAGGGGAAACAGCAGUUUGUAUCAGUUUUAUGAUUAUUUUCAUGUCUCUAUAGGUGUUUUCAUUCAAAUUUGAAGGAAAUGAAUGUUCUCCAACACUCUCAAAUACAAUUACAGUGAGAUACUUGGUUUUGAUUAGGAUUUGUUUAUUAAAGACCCACAAGCUGCUUUAUAGUCACCUGGAUUGAAUGGUAACCUUAAAUACAUGCAACAAAAGUGAACCCCACCAUACCACUGUGCCUCAUUAUUUCAGGGUUCCUCUCAGUUCCUCAUCUUGCAGAUUUAUUCCAGUACCAAGGUAUGGUUGAACCAGCUGCCCAGCCUUAACUCUAUUUAGUGCCCCUCUGCUAACAUUUCUUUUAACUGAUUGAUUUGUAUGUGUUUUAACUGUCCGAUGUUUGGAUUUUACCUCUUGUUAGCUCCAUUUGUCCCUGGUGCUGCUUUUAAAGAUAUAGGGCCAUGUGAUCAGGUAACAAGUUGAGUAGGUACGCAGUUGGCCUGGUUAUGUAUCUGUGCCUGUUUUAUCUUCUCCCAGGAAGAGCUGCUUUGGUAUAGAUGUUUACUUGGAUUCAUAUAUAAAGAACUGGGCAGCAAUCUUAGAAAGCUUUCUGAAGCCAAAAGAACCUGAAGGGAUUUGGAGGGGGGAUAGUAACAAAAGCUGCCUUUAUGUCUUUGAACAUGAAGCACAUAAAUGUAUGUUCUGUAAAGACUAAAGUGAUUGUUAUACCAGGGCUUCCUGACCUCUGGGAGAGACUUUCAAAAAAGCAGAAAGGAGCACAAAGUGAAAUGAAUUUGGCCGGCUUGCUUUAUCUGGUUUUUCAUUUUCUUUCAAUUUAAAUCUGAACAUAACACCCUUCUCCAAUAUCUAUCCAGAAGACUCCUGGUUGGGAAGCCCUGUAUUAAAUUUUGAGAAUGUACCCAGUUUCCUUUUUUUUUUGUACAGUGCUUUAUACCUGCUAAAAAUUAACUUGUUUAAUGCAGAACAAGACCUUGAAAGGUCAGUCAUAUUAAAGCUGGUUUGAUUAUUAAUAGUUAUCUUUUAGGAAGAAGCUUUUUCCCUAUGUAAGAUGUCAUACUGCAGAUUUAAAAUAUAGACUAUCAAUAAAAUGCAUGAAGUGAUCAUUUGUGCUUGAUCAUCUCUCGGGUUUUUCUUUAAAAGGGAAUCUGAUCUGAUAAAGGUUCUGUUGCCUCCAACCGAUGUCAGAUAGACUUGAUUUUUAGAAUCAAGUGGAAUUCUAGUGCAACCUUGAUUUUGAUUUCCUCACAGCUGUGAGUUUGAGCAGACCCUGGUUUAUGGGAUAUAACCUCCAUUUUAUGUGGUGUAGUUUAAUGGCUUAGUCUUCGAGUGGUAAAAUAAAAGAUUAAGGUAUAUUCCAAUACAAGAAUCCUAGAAAGACUUCUGUAAAUGACAUUUUAAGUAGGUGCAUCUUUGCUGUUACUUGUAUUCUUACCAUCGCCCUGCCUACUCUCUUGCUUGACCUUUAUAAAUACAAAAACUUGUCCAGGUGUGCACGUGUGCUCAUGUAGCUUUUGUUUUCCAUCCCUGUCUCCAACCUUUUACACGUGUUGCUUAAGCCAUUAAGAUGUCCUUGUUUCUUAAGUAGGUUGUAACAUUCUGAUACCUGGGUGAGACUUCCCCCUGGUACUGGUAUUCGUUUAGCUGAUGGUGAAUUUUAUUAGUUUCAUUUCCUCUGGUGCCCACUGAGCCUUAUUACUGGCAUAGAAACUCAGUUCCUUGGGAUUACUUUGGUGUGGUCAGCUCUUUGCCUUAUGACCGUCCCAGGGAUUAUAAGUGUUGUUCAUGAUUCUGUUCUUUGAAUCUCAAGACCACCACUGAAAAGUUGACAUUCUUGACAAAGUAAGCCAGUGCACAAGCAUCUUGAGAGACAUUCGGUGGAAGGGAUCAUCUGGUUACUCAGAGUGGAGUGGCGUAUAAACUAUACUUACAAUGAUCAUUUUUAAAAAGUAGGAAAUCUGGGGCCCAGUUUCUUUGAGGUCUUGGAAUUCAGGCAAGAUUUAAAAGUAAGAUAUUCCAAAUGGAUUACUAAUAGAUAUAUUAAAAAGAGCUAAAUUUUUCUGAUUGCUGUUAGACAUUAUAUCUGGCACUCUGUAAAUUAUUUAGCCUCACAGUGACUCUGAGUUGUGUUAUUACCACCCUGUUUUACAGGUGAUGAGGAUGAGAUACAGGCAUUUGGUAAUUUUCCCAGGGUCUCAUAGUCAGUGGCCAGGUAUUCCCAGUCAUCUCUGAUUCCAGAGCUUAUUUUCAUUGUACUUUUCGCCCUGCUCCUAUAUGGCUCCUAAUUGAUUUUUAAGUAUUUAUCCGAAGCCCUAGACUAGCUUGCUUAUAAAGUAUGAUUUCUUAGAAUAAACCUGUGUUUUAGCUAGUUUGCCAAGGAAACCUCUAAGGGCAAAUCUGAAGAGUAAAGGUUAUAUAUUGUAAAUUCAGUAAAUCACUGUGGCCAUUACCAAAUAUCUAUAUCUAUAUAUAUAUCUAAUCUAUAUCUAUAUAUAUAUAUAUCAAGGUGUUUCAUUUCCAAGGUUUUAGGAGGAGGAUGGAAUACAUUUUGGGAAUCUUUAAUGUUAAAGGUCAUCUCAACCCCUUAUUAGAUGUGCUCUUGACCCAUUUUUACUCAAUUGGAAAUAUGAAAUGACUGGAAAAGAUGGCAGCUUUUUCAAAGUAUGCCAGCUAGCUCAUUGGCAUCCAAGUAAACACCCUUCAAAGUUGCCUUGGGCAACCAUGGGCAUUCUAAGAAUGUCAUCAUUGCUCAGAAGAUACUUGGAGCUUAUUUAAAAUUACUUUCAGAAGCCAUUUUUUAAACUGAGAGAAGCAGCCCUAUUCAGUUUUUUCACAUUAUUUGCCAUAUUGAGACCAAUCUUGACUAUUUCCAAGAAUUAUCUUUUUCUCAAUGGAUGGAGAUUUGCCACCUUUAAGCAUAUUCAGAAGAAUCUACUAUGUGCUCUAAAAGCAAUCACAGGCAUUUCAAAUAAUAGGUGCAGUAAGUAGUAUUUAGAAUAAGUAAAUGGCUGCUGAGGUGAGUACUUUGAAAUGAUUAUUACUCCUCCUCCAACACAUAAAGCACAGGAGAAAGAUCUAAUCGCUACUCACAAGGAACAGGCAUUUCAGUGGGGAGACGUGUAAAUAGUUAAUAAAGUAAUACAAAAACCUUAAAAGACAUGCUAUAAAUAUUCCAUCCCCAUUCAAAUGAUAUUUGAGAGGAGCAGUGAAGAGUAAUGGGGUGAAAAUGGGCUCAUCUGAAUUUCAAGUUUCGUCAGCUAAUAGGUAAUGUGUGUUGUGCUCCCAUUAAAUUCUAAGCACUGUGCUGGUCUGAGAUUUGGUUUUCGCAGGAUGGGGACCUGAAGCCUCUGAAAUACUGCUGAGUUUAUCAAUGGACAGUGUUGGUGACUGUGAUGUACCUCCUUUUUAAGUAAAUUCACACUUGUCCCCUGUCUGCACCAAGUAUUCUAGAUAGCACUGUUCAGUAGGAGGAUAACACAAGUGAUAAGUAAUUUUAACUUUUCUAGCAGUCACAAUACAAAAGGUAAAAAGAUACAGGUGAAAUUAAUAAUUUUAUUUAACUCAUUAAGGUCAAAAUAUUUUAACAUGUUGAAUUCAUAUAAAAAAUAAUUGAGAUUUACAUUUUUUUCCAAAUCGAGUCUUCAAAAUCUGGUGUAUUACACUUAGAGUAUGUCUCAUUUUGAAUAAGGCACAUUUCUAAACGCUCAAUAGAAACAAGUGGCUAGCAGCUUCCAUAUUGGACAGUGUAGUUCUAGAAUAUGGGAGAGAGUGGUUACAGUAAGUAGGAUGCAACUAGUGAUGGAUUUUAAAAGAUCACCUGUAGAUAUGCAUAUCUUAUCUGCUCACCUACACCACCCUAAAACUAAAUGGGCACCAUUUUUUAAAUUGUGUAUCAAAACUGUAGCUUAAGAGUGUCUUGAGGCGCCUGGGUGGCUCAGUCGGUUAAGCAUCCGACUCUUGGUUUCAGCUUAGGUUAUGAUCUCAUGAGUUGUGACGUGGAGCCCCUGCAUUGGGCUCCACACUCAGUGGGGAGUCUGCCUGAAGAUUCUCCCUCUGCCCUUCCCCCCACUUGCUUGCAUGCAUGCUCUUUUUUUUUUUUGAGAGUGUCUAUCCAAGCUUACAAAACUACCAUCAUUCUCCCCUUUUUGAGGUUAAUGUACUCCCUACCAAAGCUUGAAAUCUAACCAGUAAGCAUUGGCGAAAGACCUUAGCCAGUUGAGGGCCCAAUGAUUAAAAAUUCAGGAAGUCCAUCACAACUUCAGCAUUAUGUAGCAGCCAAUAAGUAGCAGUUGUCACAUUUAUUUAUUGCAGGAACAAGCACCUGAAGUUUUAUGUGGAUUCUCUUAGUUCAGUUAUGUGAAAACAAUACAAAUAAUUUCCAAGCAGUUGCCCUAUCAUCUGAAAUCACGGCGUUUGAAUAUUGGCAUUUGUUAGAAACAGCUAACCUGGAUUUAUGUUUCUACUUUAGUUAGAAAGUAAGUGAUAUAUUAUGUUUAAAUGACUUCGAGUGGAAGGGGGAAAGCUGACAUGAGAACAGAGACUACCAAAUCAGACUUCAGCCCAAGUGAAAGCAAGUAUUUCCUAACACCAAGUCUUUUCUGAUGCCAUUGCUGAAAGUUUGUUUUGCUUUGUUCGACAACAUGGAGUGAAAUAUUAACUCCUGUGAAAGAAGAGCCUUCAGGGUUGAGGUUUGGGGGAAAGCUGACUGAUUUGCAUUGGCUUUACUUGUAUUUUCUGUGUGAAUAUAGUGUAACAUUUUCUGUGGCCUUUUUAUUUAGGAAUCUAAAAAUCCAUUUGGUAGUAGAAGAUGGAUACUGGUUUCUGUCGUGUGUGACUCAAAUCUGUCUCCAGCAUGUGAAUCUGACUGCUUGCUUGGAUGAGGCCAGAGGAGCACAUCACCUAGCCUUUUUUCAGUAUUUUGGGCGUAGCCCUUCUAGACUAAAGGUGAAAAUUCAGGAAGAGUUAUUCUGUUUUGUCUCGGCUCUGCCCUUUCCUGGAUAAGGGAAGGAAUGGAACAGUGUCCGAAACUCUGUUAGCACAAAGGUACAGGAUUGUUUCUAAGAAGGAGACCGACUCAGCAACUAAGCCCAGAUUCUUCCGUAUUGUUUUAAUGAAAAGGAAACUCCCCAAAUAAUUAAUGCUGUUUUCUCCAGCAUCUGAGUUAAUCCCUUUUCUCUAUAUUUUGGGACCAGUAGCAUCUACAUUUUUAAACAGGAAAAUCAUUCAGUCUAAUUUGCUAAAUAAAAAUACAUUCCAAACUUCAUUUUAGUGUAGAUAUUAUCUAACAGCACUUGUACAGACGUGGGCACUGACUGGACCCUUUCUCUGUUACUAUUUAAAAGUCAGGUCAAAAUCACCUGGGGGGAAAAAAGCUGGAAAAGCCCUCAUUCUUUCUUUCCAUCCUACCCCAAUGUGUUUCCUUCAGUCCACACUACUGGUAUAUUUGGUUUUGAGUGCCUUACAAGUUACCUGUCCAGAAUAUAUUAACUAGGCCUGGCUUAGACCUUAUUUCUUGUUUAAAAUGACAGCUUAUAGACCUGAGCCUAGAAACUUGAGUGGGCUAUAUUCUUGACCUUUGACAUUUUUGUGGGUGACAAUAUCUACCCAUAACUGUUCCAAAGAGGUACUGUGGGACCCACUCAAAAGCAUAUUGUGAUUUCCAGCAUCCACCCUCCAAUCACCAACACUGUAUACACACAUUGGUUCUACUGAAAGGUUAAUGUGAAUUGCCAGCAUGGCCCUGAAAGGGAAGAGGAGCUGGAGAGAGGGUUAUGGAUUGAUUAAUAGAUCAAUAGAUGUGUUGUACCUGUUCAUCAGCAACAGGCUAGACCUUUUCACUUUUGUCCUCUUAUUUGAUACUCAUUACAGCUGGUGGGCAAUCAGAUAUUUGCACUUUAUAACUGAAAUAGAAUCAGAGGCUAAGUGACAUCCUGUGGGUCCCACUGCUAGUAUUAAACAUCCAAAAUAAAUUUUUUAUAAUAAUUUUUUAUUAUGUUAGUCGCCAUCCAGUGCAUCCCUAGUUUUUGAUGUAAUGUUCCAUGAUUCAUUACUUGCGUAUAACACCCAGUGCACCAUGCAAUACGUGCCCUCCUUAAUACCUAUCACCGGCCUAUCCCACAUACAAAAUAAAUUUAUUGGAAUCUACAACCCAACAUUCCAGGCGUAGGGGAUAUUGUGGUGAAUAAGGUCCUUGCAUUCAUGGAGCUUACAUUCUAGUAGGGAGAGGCAGAUGAUACCUUUGUAAAUACAAAUUAAAACUGGUUAAAUGCUGGGGAGAAAAUAAAAUGGUCUGAUGUGUUUGUGACUCAGAUGGAGUAGGGUGGUUGAAGAAGAUCUUUAUGAGGAGGUGACACAAGCUGAGACUUGAAUGAAUAGGAAGCAGAACACAGCCCCAGGAAAUGAGCUCAGGUCAUUAUUUAGAGGGAGGAAAAGGAGCAAUGUUGAAGAGGGGGGAGAAGAAAUGAGUCAGGGGCCAGUCUGUGAGGGCUUUAUAGUCUAGGGAAGGAAUAUUCUGAGAUGAGAAGCUGUUGGAGUCUCAAUCAUGGAAGUGAAGUGUUCUGACUUAAAUAUCUACUAAGUGGCAGAAUCAGCUACAAAACAGAUCUGACUCUAGGGCUGCUGCCUGUUCCAUGACACCACAGAAGACUCUCCCUUCCCUGCCCCUUUCCUUCCACAAGUGGAAGUGCAAGGAAGCUAGGUCCACAGUACCCAGUGGAGAUGGCUCUGCAGUGCUCUAAGCUUUUGACUUCUCUUUCUAGGUUUCCUUGUUUUCCUAAGAAACUUGGUUUGUGAGAUUCAUAUAAACACCAAGGCAGCUCUUCAUGUUAUUUCAUUGUAAUCCAAUUUGAAUGAUUUUUCUCCCAUCACUGAGAAAUCCUCCGUUAAUGGGGACCCAGUGCAACAAAUAAAAUGGAACUAGCUUCUCACUGAUAACUGGGCCAGCAUUGCUGUUUUUCUUGGCUAAUAACUGUAGGGGGCGGGGUUGACCAUAUAAUGAAUGAAAUGGACAACUGUUCUUAAUUUUUUAAAGAGCUGGUUACUAAAAUUCUUUUCAUUGGAUGCCUCUUGGUGACUUCUUGUCAGUGAUUUUGCUGAUGGGUAGACUAAAUUCAACAAACUCAGAUGAAUCUAGUAAGCUUAACAUACAUUUGUCGAUUAGCUAAUAUGCCCUGGCAUUUUAUGAGUGACAGUCACCCAGUUCAGUUGCCUGCAUCGAUGCAGGUCUAUAUGCAAACCAUCCUGAGAAAGAAUUGGUGAUUGAAAAAAUGGAAAUUCCAGAUUGAAUGCUCCUCUUCAGCUUGCUAUGGUGGCAAAUAUUGCUCCCCUAGUUCAGUAGGUAGGUCCGUGUUGCAGUCCUACCUCAUCCCUCUGCCAUGCCACCACCAGCUGUUGGGAUGGAUCUGAUGGUCAUUUCAUAGCCACAUACCCUCUGGAUCCCCAGUCCUGAGAUUUUCAGGGCUGCAGGUGAGUGCACAUGGAGCAGACUCAUUUGCAGACCCUCUCAGGCUAAGCAACAGGUUUUGGGAAGAAGCCCUAGUUCAGCGGGUAUGGAAAGUAAGUUACUGUGUUACUAAGUUAUUAGGACAAAGGCCUCUGCAAAUAGCAUAUUUGAUAUGGAUCCUACUCCUGUGUAAGACACUUGCCUGGGAAAGUUAACUCUUGGCUUUCCCCCGCUGCAUCUUCCCUCUACCUUUGCUCCUUCAAAAGAAUCUAUUCAUCUGGAAAUCCACCUGAAUUAUUAGAAUUGUGUCUUGAUAAGGACACAUGGCCCCAGGAACUUUGUUUAAGAGGCAAUACAAGUUCCAGGACUUUACCAAUAAUGAGUAACAAUGAUUCUAUUGAACAAAUGUCCCAUUAGAGAGGUUUUUGGAGACCUAAAGAUGCAGUGAAAAGAACUAGGUUAAGAGCACGUCAGACUUAGAUUCAUAAUGCCUCUUUCAAGCGGUGUGGUUUUAAAUGACACUUCUCGGAGUCAUAAUUUUCCUUUUUGCAAAGCAAGGAAAAUGAUGCCUACUUUAUUGAGAAGCUUAUAAAUCUCAUAGGUAAAUUCUCUGGCACUUUAAGAGACAUUCUAUUUAAGAUAUUCGUAAGAUAGGAAAGCAAUACUGCCCAGUGUGGAAGAGGUGGCUGAACCAGCCUCCAAUGGCUGUGAAGUCUGUAUAUCUGAUUUUGAGACAUUUAAAGAACACUGAGCAUGUAAUCUGGGAAACCAGCUUCAAUAAAUAUGAAUGCAUCUGAACAGUGUUCUUUGGAUAUCCAAGAAAGCCUACUAGGUGUGUGUGAAGGAGAUGGGGGGGAGGGCGACAGACACAGUUUUUCUAGAACAAGAUGGGAUCUGUCCAUCGUGAGACAGUAAAAAAAAAAAAAAGCCAAUGUAAAAGAUUUCUGCUUUACCAGGUAAACUAGGAUUACACAUAAUAGCCUGUGAAACAACAAAUCAAAUCAAUGGCUGAAGAUUUGUUGCUAUGGCAACCUUAUUUUUUCCCCUUUUGCUUAGCAUAUAGCCACUGUUUAGAGACAACAACCACAGCUAGAUAGGCAAGUAAUUAGAUAUACCAGGUGCAAAAAACAAAAACAAAAACAACCAAAUGCACAAAAAAAUUGGUUAAAUAGGAUAAAUGCCAAAAGAAGCAUCUUAAAAUGGUUCUUUUAAAACUUGCAUGUGGCUCAACAAAGAUUCCACACAUGCUGAGUGAUGCUUAAAAAAAAUAUCUUUGAUAGAGUUGGAAAACUUCAAGAAGGAAAAGAAAUGUGGAAAGUGUGGACCUUAGGCCCAGGGAAAGCUUUUGUCAGAAACCAGUGACUCCCAGAAUCUUACCUAGGAUUUUUUCUGUUUCCCUUUCUCUUAUAAUUUGGGGUCCUCUUCUCUAGGAACAGCAGCCUUCAGGUAUUCCUUAGCAACAUUUUAGACACUUUAUCCAGCAGCCUUCUGUUUGUAAUCCAAUCCCCAGUUCUGAGUUGAACUGAGAUUUUCCUUUGUUCUUCCGAAAGGGGUGAACAGCCUGCAAAAAGACCACUGAGACAAUUCAUCUAGAGGGAAUCCCUCCUUGCAUUAAUUACCCCAUCCACCACACAAAGCCCUGAUGCUUUCCUCAACAUGCUCAGGACAGUUCAAGGCUUCCACCUGAGAUAAUUGCUCAGAGAAAAAAAAAACUAUUGGACCCUUCAUUCUUCUUUAGUUAACACUGAUUUUAUCCACCCCUAUGGUAUUGUUCCUUUAUGGAAGAAUUCUUUAUCUUCCUAUUAUAGAAGAAAUUUCCCCAUGGUUCUAACUAUUCUCCAUACCCCAACAACUCAAAAAUCUAUAUCUCUAGGCCUGACCUCUCCCUGCAACUUUAGUUCCCCAGUUUUUUGCUGGACAUCUCAACCUAUUUUACUCCUUCCCCUAUUUCAGUAGGUGGCACCAUGUAGUGAUGCCAGUGGACUUGAACUGCUAGGCCUAGCUAAUGAAUGGGCCAUUUCUCAACAGAAAAGAUCAUGAGGUAGGCAAGAAGCUUCUAAGAAAUCUUGAGCAUGAUUGAGCCAGAUCCUAAUGGUUAGUGUAAAGAGUUAGGAGUAAAGAUUAGAAAGUCUACCUUGACAGUGUAUGGCUGCNCAAAAAAAAAAAAAAAAAAAAAAAAAAGGCUAAGCCAUCUAGAGGGGAAAUGCCAGUAGGCAGGAAGACUCUUAAGGGAAAUCUGACCAGCAAGAACUAGAAGAACUUUGGUAUAAGUGAAUGUGAUGGAAGUGUGGACAAGUUGAUGCUGGAAAAUACACUGGUGAAAAUUAAUGAGUUUUGAGAGGUUAGGUUUCAGAACGGUAAUAAAAGUUGCAAAGUCUCAGUGCUGCACUGACAGUUGUGAAACAUUGGGCCAGUUACCUGUCCUUUUGACAUCUCAGUUUCCUUAUUUGUAAAAUAAGGGAUUUGGACUAUUUUUCCCCAGCUAAUUAAAUUUUCAACCUUUAUUUUGAAAUUAUAAAUGGACAGGAAAUUGGAAAGAUAAUAGAGAUACUAUAUGUCCUUCACCCAGUUUCCCCCAUUGACUACAUCUUAGGUAACUAUAGUACAGUAUCAAAACAAAGAAAUUUGAUUGGUACAAUGUGCAUGUGUAGUUCUAUGCCAUUUUAUCACUUGUAGAUUCAUAUAACCACCACAACUAUAAAGAUAGAGAAUUAUUCCAUCACCUCAAAGAUCUCCCUCAUGCUACCAAUUUAUAUUCACAACUGCUCCCCCCACACCACCACCACCUCUAAUGCCUGGCAAUCACUAAUCUCUUCUUCAUCUCUAUAAUUUUGUCAUGCAGAGAAUCUUAUAUAAAUGGAAUCACACAGUAUGGGACCUUUUAAAAUUGGCUUUUUGUCAUUCAGCAUAAUACCCUUAAGAUCCAUCCAGGUUGUUGCAUGUAUCAGUAGUUUGUUCCUUUUUACUGCUGAGCAGUAUUUCAUUGUCUGAAUGUACCACAGUUUAACCAUUCAUCUAUAUUUUAGGACAUUUUGGUUGCUUUCAGAUUUGGGUUAUUACAAAUAAUGCUGUGAACAAUUGUGUAGAGAUUUUGUGUGCACAUAUUUUCAUUUCUCAGGGAUAAAUGCCCAGGAGUGUAAUUGUUGGGUCUCAUGGUAAAUGUAUGAUGAGCUCUUAAGGAAACUGCUAACUUAUUUUCUAGAGUGGCUGUAACAUGCUACAUUCCCAUAGCAAUGUAUGAGAGAUUUAUUUUCUUCACAUCCUUCCAGCUUUUGACAUUGUCACCAUUUAUUAUUUUAGCUGUUCUGUUAAAUAUAUAAAGAUAUCUCAUUGUGA